AUGUCGAACGCGGGCUCCGAGUACCUGCAAGGCUGCGAGGUGACCUGUUCCCAGCCCUGUGCCUACAGCAGGAGCCUGGAGCCCUGUGUUGCAUCCUGCGGAGAUUCCAGAGCUGUGGUGUUCCCUCCUCCCAUCGUCCUCACCUUCCCGGGCCCCACUCUCAGCACCUGCUCCCAGGAGAGCGUUGUGGGAGCGUCCUACCCCUCGGUUCUCGGUGCUCCAAACGUCUCCGAUGAGUCCCAUGGGAUGGGGGGCUCCUUUGGGCCUGGGGGCAUGGCAGGGGCAGGAGGCUCCUUUGGAUCCGGGGGCUCCUUUGGCUACGGAGGCUCCUCAGGGAUCACCUUUGGGCGUGGGGGUUCCUUUGGUUCUGGAAUGCAGAAUUCCCGCGGGCCCUGUGGGUAUGGAAGUGCACUGGGGGCAAAGGGUUCCUUUGGAUCCGGGGGUUCCUUUGGCUAUGGAGGCUCCUCGGGAAUGGGGGGCUCCUGUUAUGGCCUGAGGUCCCGCGGCAGCCGCCGUGGAUCCUGCCUGGGGAGCUGGGCCUCAUCCUAA